CACUAUUAUUUUUUUUUCAAAUUCCUAGUGAACUGAUAAAGAAUUCGUUAAAAUAAUUGAUAAACCUAUAAAUACCAGUUGAAAGAAAGCACUAGCAGUAAACCAUUCAAAGGUGCCAGGAUGAUGUUACAACUAACUAUUCUAGUCCUCCUUGGUUUGGCACAAUGCUCCAAGGUAUCAGAUCCUGUGGCGUGCUCACGGUUGGGCAAAUACAGAGGUUCUAUCUUGAAAAAUUCAUACGAUGAACCAAUCUUCGCCUUUAGAGGCAUACGAUAUGCAGAACCACCUAUUGGAGAACUUCGAUUUCAGCCUCCAGUACCCAUAAAUAAGCAUGAAGAAGUCCAUGAUGCCAGUAAAGAUCCACCAGCAUGCCCACAACCACGUAUAGGAGAUGAACCUAUAUCUGAAGAUUGCCUAUUCGUAAACGUCUACACCACAAAGUUGCCAUCAGACAACGAAAACCCAAAAAGACCAGUUUUAGUUAUCAUUCACUCAAGUGACUUCGCUCGUUUGUCCUCAAGAAGCAACAUAGUUGGCCCAGAUUAUCUUAUGAAUCAUGAAAUUGUCUUGGUGACUUUCAACUACAGAAUAGGAGCUCUUGGGUUCUUGAGUACUGGUGAUAAAGAAGCACCUGGUAACUUAGGCCUCAAAGAUCAAGUAGCUGCGCUCAAAUGGGUCAAGGAAAACAUUGAGGCUUUUGGAGGAGAUCCAGAUUCAGUAACAAUUCAUGGUAAUGGUUCUGGUGGCUCUUGUGUUAACCUGCAUUUGGUCUCUCCUCUUUCAAAGGGUCUCUUUCAUAGAGCCGUCAUGGCUUCUGGUUCAGUAUCAGGAGCAUAUGCCUUUGGAAGGAGCCUCUUAAAAUUAAGUAAGAAACAAGCAAAGAUUGUUGGAUGUCCAACUGAACCUUCGACGGCCUUAGUCGAAUGUUUGAAGACGAUAUCUGCAGAAAAACUUGGAGAAUCUCUUCUGAAACUAAAUCCUGGACCGAAUGGUAAUGUUAUAUGGAAGCCAGUAAUAGAAAGAGACUUCGGACAAGAGAUAUUUCUACCAGAUCAUCCAGUUAAGUUGGUUCUUCAGGGAAAAUUCCAGAAAGUUCCUAUGGAGAUUGGCUACAUGUCUGACGAGUUUUCAGAUAGAGCUAUAAAGCUGGUGCAGGAUAAAGAAAAAUUACAGAAGUUAAACGAUAAUUGGAACAAGGAAGCAACAAAGCUGUUCCUGUGUGAUCAUAACAAAACUCGAUCUCAUGCUAUCAGUAAAGAUCUUAGAUCGUUCUAUUUUGGUGAUUCCAACAUUGAUAACUCAACUCUUGGUCCAUUGAUUGAGAUCUUUAAUGAUGGUUUGGUGGGUUAUGAAAUCAACAGAGCUGCUAAACUUAUUUCUGAAAAGAGCGAAGAACCUGUGUUCUAUUACUACUACUCUUACAAAGGCAAAUACAGCUUUUUUAAUCCUAAGGAAGGACCAUCACCAAAAGGUCCUGUUCUUUAUGAUGACUUAAUUUACCUAACACCUAUAACAACUCUUUUUCCCAAAAUUGACAAGGAUGAUCCAGAAUUCGAUACUAUGGAAAAAGCGACAAAAUCACUUGUACAUUUUGCUAAGACAGGAGUACCUGCAAGAGCACUAAAAGACACCAAAACAAAAUGGGAACCUUACAACUCAAGAAGCCAGAAGUACUUGGUGAUAAACGCAGAAUCUGAACUAAAGGAGAAACUACAUAGUAAACGUUUUGCUGAGUGGGAAAAACACUUUCCUUUGAACAAGUUCCACAUUGUUCAAGAUUAUUCUAGUUGUUAACCUUGUUACUACUCCCAGCUGUAUCAAUCGUAUCAUCUUGAGAAGCUGUAAAUAAAUCUUGAAAAAAAAACGUGUUAAGUA